AUGUCUGCAGUUGAGAAAGACGGUUUGUCGAUCACCCAUACCUGUGAAAGGACGGAUGCUCCGGACCUACGCUUGAUCCAUUACAAUGACGUCUACCACGUAGAGGCAGGAUCUGCCGAGCCAGUGGGCGGUGUUUCUCGAUUCCAAUCUGUGGUCAACUACUACCGAUCAGAUCCCCGGUUUGCCUCACUACCAAACCUUCUCACGUUCUUCUCUGGAGAUGCCUUUAAUCCUAGCCUCGAGAGCUCGGUGACGAAGGGCCGACACAUGGUACCGUUUCUGAACAAAAUCGGCACCGACGUAGCAUGUCUUGGGAAUCAUGAUCUCGACUUCGGUGUCGCACAGCUGCGCCACUUGCGCAGCCAGUGUCGGUUUCCUUGGCUGUUGGCAAAUGUCCUGGAUCCCGCUUUGGGCGAGGAUGUUCCCAUCGCUAACUGUGAGAGAACGUGGAUAUUAACAUCGUCGAAUGGGAUUAAAGUAGGAGUGAUUGGGCUAGGAGAGCGAGAAUGGCUCGGAACGAUCAACUCCCUUCCUCCCGACUUGAUUUAUAAAUCUGCUUCCAAAACGGCUAUAGAACUGGUGCCACGUCUCCGGGAACAGGGCGCCGAUAUUAUUGUCGCUGUCACUCACCAACGCGAGCCCAACGAUUACAAACUGGCGGAGAAUGUCCCGACGGGUAUGAUAGACAUAAUCUUGGGAGGUCACGACCAUUUUUACGGCCAUGCUAUGGUAAAUGGUAUUCAUGUUCUGCGGUCAGGAACCGACUUCAAACAAUUAAGUUACAUAGAAGCCUGGCGCAAAGAAAACGGACCCGGAUGGGAUUUCAACAUCGUUCGCCGGGAUAUGUACCAGUCCAUCUCCGAAGACCCCGCUACCGUGGCUCUCGUGGGGAAAUUGACAUCUAGCCUUAAAUCGAAACUGGAGAAACCUGUUGGAUAUACCACCCGCUCGCUUGAUGGGCGAUUCUCUACAGUGCGGCAAAGAGAGUCUAAUCUGGGGAAUUUCGUCUGUGACCUUAUGAGAUUCUACUACGGUGCCGACUGUUCUUUAAUGGCUGGUGGCACGAUCCGAGGCGACCAGAUCUACCCCCCCGGUAUCCUGCGUCUUAAGGACAUCCUGAAUUGCUUCCCCUUCGAAGACCCGGUGGUAUUGCUGCGCGUUCCAGGAAGCGCGCUUGUCGAUGCUUUAGAAAACGGAGUGAGUCUCCUACCGGCACUAGAAGGCCGUUUCACCCAAGUCUCAAAUAUCUCGUUCAGCUUUAACCCGUCUGCUCCCCCGGGCUCACGCAUUAAUUGGGCCAAGGUAGGCGGGCGGCCGAUUGAGUACGAUCGGAGCUACCUCCUCGCCACACGAGGAUACAUGGGCCGUGGAAAAGACGGGUUUGCAUCACUCCUUGUCCGGUCUUCCGGCGGUGAAAUCGAAGAAGUCGUGGACGAAGAAAGCGGCGUACUGCUCAGCACCAUCCUGCGACAAUACUUCCUUAGUUUGAGGGUGAUGGGCAAGUGGCAACGCUUUAGUAAAAGUAUGACGCGACACUGGACCAAUGUGCACAAGAAUCUUCACGCCGAUGGUUGGCUGAAACCAGCCUCUUCCACAACCUCGCCGGUCUCAGAGAAGAUACCCUAUCGACCACAACGACCGACGCUGAAGCGUGCCAAACGGUACCAUUACGGACGAUUCGCCGAAACGGACAGCGGAGUGGACAGUGGGACAGAGAAUAAAAUCCAUGACGACGAGGCUAUGGACUCCGACUCCGAUUCGGAUCCGGAGAUCUUGACCUCCCUGCACCCUACUACCAACUAUGUGACUCUGCCUGCGCGGUCGACAGUCGAGGAGGAGCAUCGUCUUCGGCUUGCACGAUGGGCCACUCGUAAAUGGAUGCACAAGGCCGGUCUAGAACCGUCUACUGUUGAAGAUACUAACGAGUGCCCGGGUGUCACGCCGACUUGGACACCGGGUAUUUCGCCACGACUAGAAGGACGAAUUGUGAUAGAGGGGUCAACAUAG